CUCUCUCUCUCUCAAACACACACACACACACACACACUUGUGCUUCACUCUACCACCCUUUAGUAUAAACUUGCUUAACUAAAGAAGAAGAACAAGAAUAAAUCAACUUUAAAUCGCUUUCUCGAUCGCAAAGUUAAAGAAGGAGGAGAAGGAGAAAGAGGAGAAGUUGUUUCGACAUGUCGACGGAUUGGGGUCCCGUGAUCGUCGCGGUGGUCCUCUUCAUCCUCCUCUCGCCAGGGCUCUUGUUUCAGCUGCCGUCGAGGACGAGAAUCAUCGAGUUCGGGAACAUGUACACGAGCGGCAUCUCGAUCCUCGUCCACGCCAUCAUCUUCUUCGCGAUCCUCACCAUCCUCGUCGUCGCGAUUGGCGUUCACGUGCACGCGGGCUGAUGAUAUCUUAAGAUUGUUCAGUUUCCUCUAAUCCUUGGUGACCUUUAGUUGUAAACUUCUCUUCAAGUGAUGCAUCUGGUAAGUGUUGCAUUACAAAUUGAACUCAAACCAAAUCUUGUGUUCAUAAUCUUAAUUUGAAAUGAAACUACAUUACUUUUGUAUCUUCUUGUUUAAAAAAUCAUCGAAUUUUGUAUUGUCUCGAUUUCUUUUGCUUAUGAAUACUUUAAAUUAUAUCUAA